UACGAAACGUCUGUGCGCAUUAGAGAUUUCCCUUCUUUUCCCAGUAACCCACGAUCCACCGACAAUCCACAAUACCAACAGCAGCAGAACAGCCUGCAGUAAUACGAUGCGAUGCGGAACCACGUACCGACCAACUCACCAACGACGCCGGAAGGCCACAAGGAUCCCGACCCCGUUUUCACAUACCUUCAGCUUUACGCCGAUCCAACAUACAAUGUCCUGAUCUGCCGCAGACCCGAUUGUCGACACGCGAUUUCCCCACAUGGAGCCCAGGUCACCGCACACCUGUGGAAUAAGCACAGUAUCCCUCUAGCCGAGCGCUUAGGACUUCCAGAGCAUAUACGCGAUCACUACUCUUCAGGCUUCCGCAAUCCUACAGAGGCAGCUCUGCCGCCGUCUAGUUCCAGGCCCCAUCCGCAUCUCCUGACCUACGAUGGCUUCAGCUGCCGCAAAUGCGUCUUCUUGACAAUAAGCUUCCAUGAGCUUACGAGGCAUAUCUCGCAGAGCCACCUCGACGGGCAAACCGCGACCCGACCGCGGAUUGGCCUACUCUACGACGAUGUCUACCUACAGUCUUGGGGAGGCGGCCCGAAUCGACGAUAUUGGACUGUAACCGAUGCAGAUGGGAAAACAGGUCGUCUAGUCCCUGGCCGCGUAGCAAAACAACCCCCCCCCCCCCCCCGAGACGCCCGAACGACCUGUUUUCUCGGGGUACGAUUCGACAAGGAAAGACCCAAACGAUAGACGGACUGCUAUCUCUCAGAGCAAGCCAUGGCUAGACCGGACGGGAUGGCAGCAGAUCUUCGAGGGC